CAUAUGAUUAUAUGAGUUUGGAUUACUUAGUGGCGGAAAAUUAUUUGUCAAAUAAAAUGGCAGAAGAGAUUGAUGAUCCUGACUAUGAAUGCAUGAUGGAUGCCGAGGAUCCAACAGACAGAUAUGAUGCAGCAACAUGGCUAAGAAAAAGAGUGGGUGUAGUGGCUGCAAGAGAUUUACCAGCUGAGCCAUCCGAGUUAGAUUUUAGGCAAGGAUUAAGAAGUGGAAUGAUCCUCUGCAAUGUUCUUAAUAAGAUUAAGCCUAAUGCGGUUCCUAAUGUAAUUAAUUAA